AUGACCUACGAGGGUAGAAAGUUCUUUGCAAAUUUCUUAUGCCUACCCCUCAAUCAACUAGAUGUGAUCAUUCGGAUGGAUUGGUUAGAGGAGAACGAUGUCCUUCUCGAUUGUCCUAAUAAUACGGUGAUUAUACCUGAUCCCAGUGCUCUCAAGUACCUAAAGUCGCAAGCGGUGAAGGAAGAAUCGUUGAUGAUGUUGAACUCGGCAGUGGUCAAAGGAAAGAACGAUAGUGGUGUCCAAGGCAUACUGGUAGUUCAAGAGUUUAGUGAUGUAUUCCCAACCGAUGUACCCGAAAUACCGCCAGUUCGAGAUAUUGAGUGUGCGGUAGACCUAGUGCCCGACACUAGCUCUAUUACAAUCACGCCUUAA